CUUCAAAUGCAAGCUCAAGCGCAAAAACAACGAGCUAUAGCUAUAACAUCACGUUCCACCGAUUCUAUGCUACUAUUGGCAGCAGAUCAAACAGGAAAAAAUUCACGUGACCUUCCGUAUACUCAAUUAUCUGUAACCUUAGAUAGUAAUCAAAAUUAUAAGAAGUAUGAGCCAACAACAACAACAACAAAUCGAGUAAAAAAUCGGCGGAAUUCAUUAGUUAUUCUUGAUACAACAACUGUUAUACCCAAUUAUUACAGUAUACGGAAGGACGUAAAACGCGAAUUGAAACUUAACAAGCAGGAUAUUGUCAAUAAUAAUUUAAUCAGCCCCAUUGAUCCUCAAGCAAAGACACCAUCAUCACUAACACAUUGUGUUCAAAAACAGCCAUUUGGUAGUAGUUGUGCGGUGAAUAAUGAUCGUACUGCUACUGCAAC